CUCCUUCAACAACAACAGCUUGUCAGACACCUCUGUAGCUUUCUUGCAAACAUAGCCACAACAUUCACGCUCUUUACACUGUUUUCGCUGUAUAUUAGUCGCUGUGUAUUAAACACACUUCUGUCGUAUGUACUUGUUGGUCCACUUAAUUAUAUAUUUACGUUGUUUGUCAGCUAGCUGGUUUGCUAAGUUAGCUUAGAACUAGGCUAGUCGCUAAUGCUAGCUAGCUAACAUCUCCGACCAUGAGUUCACAAAGUUACUCUCCUCCUGUUAAAGAAGAGGUGGUCUGCUGGGCGGAGAAAGAAGCUCUCGUCAAAGAAGAGGAGGAUGUUACAAUCCAAAAACAAGUAGAGGCUGUUACCGUGAAAGAAGAAGAGAAAGACGCGUUCAGAGUGAAAGAGGAGGAGGAUGUUACAGUAAAUGGAGAGGAGGCAGUGAAACAGGAGGAUGCAGUGUUUGGAGUGAAAGAGGGGGAGAUUACUGUCACAUUGAAAGAAGAAGAGGAGGAGGUUGGAGAUCUGUUUAACACCAGAGAGAGACGGGACUAUCGUGGGGAGCCUCAACAACCUCAUGAUGCUGACAAGGCAGAGAAGAGUCUCUCCCGAUCAAAACACCUCAAGAAACACAUGCUAAGACCCACAGGGAAGGGAACUCACUGCUGCUCUGACUGUGGGAAGAGAUUCACCUCAUCAGGCAUUAAAAUUCAUCAGAGAAUCCACACAGGAGAGAAACCUUAUAGCUGUAGUCAAUGUGGGAAGAGAUUUGCGACAUCUGGCUCUCUGACUCUACACCAGAGAACACACACAGGAGAGAAACCUUAUAGCUGUGAUCAAUGUAGGAAAAGUUUUGUUCAAUCGAGCCAGCUAACUCAACACCAGAGAACACACACAGGAGAGAAACCUUAUAGCUGUGAUCAAUGUGGGAAGAGUUUUACUGCAUCUGGCUCUCUGACUCUACACCAGAGAACACACACAGGAGAGAAACCUUAUAGUUGUGAUCAAUGUGGGAAGAGUUUUGUUCGAUCUGACCAGCUGACUUUACACCAGAGAACACACACAGGAGAAAAACCUUACAGCUGUGAUCAAUGUGGGAAGAGUUUUGGUCAAUCUGGAGAGCUGACAGUGCACCAGAGAACACACACAGGAGAGAAAUCUUAUAGCUGUGAUCAAUGUGGGAAGAGUUUUGUUACAUCUAGCCGUCUGACAUUACACCAGAGAACACACACAGGAGAGAAACCUUAUAGCUGUGAUCAAUGUGGGAAGAGUUUUGGUCAAUCUGGAGAGCUGACAGUGCACCAGAGAACACACACAGGAGAGAAACCUUAUAGCUGUGAUCAAUGUGGGAAGAGUUUUGUUACAUCUAACCGUCUGACAUUACACCAGAGAACCCACACAGGAGAGAAACCUUAUAGCUGUGAUCAAUGUGGGAAGAGUUUUACUACAUCUAGCUCCCUGGCAUUACACCAGAGAACACACACAGGAGAGAAACCUUAUAGCUGUGGUCAAUGUGGGAAGAGUUUUAGUCAAUCUGGAGAUCUGACAGUGCACCAGAGAAUACACACAGGAGAGAAGCCUUAUAGCUGUGAUCAAUGUGGGAAGAGAUUUGCUGCAUCUGGCUCUCUGACUCUACACCAGAGAACACACACAGGAGAGAAAUCUUAUAGCUGUGAUCAAUGUGGGAAGAGUUUUGUAACAUCUAGCCGUCUGACAUUACACCAGAGAACCCACACAGGAGAAAAAUCUUAUAGCUGUGAUCAAUGUGGGAAGAGUUUUGCUCAAUCUGGAGAGCUGACUGUCCACCAGAGAACCCACACAGGAGAGAAACCUUAUAGCUGUGAUCAAUGUGGGAGGAGUUUUACAACAUCUAGCUCUCUGACAGUACACCAGAGAAAACACACAGGAGAGAAACCAUAUUGCUGUGGUCAAUGUGGGAAGAGUUUUAGUCAAUCUGGAGAUCUGACAGUGCACCAGAGAAUACACACAGGAGAGAAACCUUAUAGUUGUGAUCAAUGUGGGAAGAGUUUUACAACAUCUGGCUCUCGGACUCUACACCAGAGAAUACACACAGGAGAGAAACCUUAUAGCUGUGAUCAAUGUGGGAAGAGAUGUGCUACAUCUGGCGCUCUGACUCUUCAACAGAGAACACACACAGGGGAGAAACCUUAUAGCUGUGGUCAAUGUGGGAAGAGUUUUUCUGCAUCUAGCAAUCUGACUCUACACCAGAGAAUACACACAGGAGAGAAAUCUUAUAGCUGUGAUAGAUGUGGGAAGAGAUUUGCUACAUGUGGCCAGCUGACUCAACACCAGAGAACACACACAGGAGAAAAAUCGCAUAGCUGUGACCAGAGAUAAUCUGAUAAAAGAUCUCUCAUCAAAUAUUAGAAAACACAUACAUGAAGGAGGAGUUUCAUAAUUUCAAUGAAUUAAUGUCACAAUGUAGAAUGUUUUAACAUUGUAGUAGGAGUAUUUUAAUAGUGUCACAAUGUAGAAGCCUAAACGUUUGGCCCCUUAUGAUAACAUGAUAUGGAUAUUAGCCUCAGAGGAAAAAUCCAGGCUCUGAAAUGGAAUAGUACUAUUUACACUUACCACGUUGGCCCUUGAAUGUAAAUGUAGCUAGCUGUUUUCUACAAAUUGUCCUCUAACCAGGGAUGUACACAUUACUCCCAGAUUCCGUGUGGUUUUUGAGCUGUCAGUUUUAACAGGACGUGCAACCUCAUCUCUCUCCUCUCGCACAAAUGAUUUUAGCAUGAUAUCGAUGAGUGAUGACAAAUAAGUGCCCUUGUUUAGCGCCCCCUACAUUUAAAUGCAUCACUCCCAAAUGUAGCUGACUCUUCUGCAGGUUGUCCUCUAACCAGUGAGGUAAAAUAUAUCUCCCAUUUCCAUGUGUUUUUUUUGUUGUGUCCGUUUCAACAGAGCGUACAACCUCAUUUCCCCCCUAAUCGAUAUCAGUGAUUUAUUGCUACUUUUCAAAACAACAGCGUUUUUAGUGCUUGUGCAGUUUAUAAGGAGCUUGUUUUAAAAAAUACAAGUAAUACGAUUAUUGUGGCAGAUGUUUGUGUAUAUAGCACAUGUUAGUUUUUCAUUUUAUCCCAAAUUGUUUCUGUGUAUUGGUUAUUGAUAUGGACACAUUAAAACUGUGUUUUGACAUUGGGCUAUCCCACCUAGCAAAAUGUCAUUGAAAAGACGUUGAAAAUAUGACUAUGCAAUCAAAUAUUUAAUAUUUACAUUUCAUGUAACAUUUGGUAGUGAUAUUUAUUCAUGCAACCAACUGACACUUUUUGGUACAAUUAUAUUGACAUUGUUGCCCUGUUUUUAGAAUAUCAGGGUUUAUUCUCACAUGUGCCAAAUGUACUAGAGCAUGACAUUGGGGACUGGGCCCCGAUCCAACAACAUGCCUAUCGAGUGAACCCUGAAAAGAGAGAGAAGCUCUGCAGUGAGGUGGAAAGUUACUACGGAUAUCGCAGGAGUUUCCUCUUGAAAUCAGACAUGUUCAUGGUAAGGGCAACUUGGUUUCUGAUUGUCUCAAGGGUGUUUAGUCAGAGUUACCAUGGAACACAAUUUAUUUGGAGUUUUAUCUCUUAUUUUCUGUAUUGAAACUGCACUGUUGGUUAGGGGCUUGUAAGGAAGCAUUUCACUUUUGUAUUCGGCGCUUGUGACUAAUACAAUUUUAUUUGAGUUUUGUUUGGGCUCUUACCAAGGGGAUGAGAGUUCUAGAAGCUAGUGAGUUUUAGAAUAGCGAGAGUUCUAGAAGCGAGUGAGUUUUAGGAUUCUAUAGAAAGAAAAAGGAGAAAAAAAUAAUAUGAUUGUUUUUUAUUUUUAUUUAGGAAUAGGUGUUUUUUUUUAUUUUAAUUUUUGACAUCCAAUAGACACCAUGUUUAUAUUGGUGAAGGUGAAGCAUUGUAGUUGAUUAUAAUGGGAAAUGGAAGUUGUUUUCUGUUGGUGUUGAGCAAACUUGUCCAACAAAAAUCUAGGAUAUAUUUGUCUCUUAAGGGGGAAGGUGUUCCAGGCUUUGGUUAUUCCAUUUAUGUUUUGAGGUUGGACUUCAGCUCAUCUGAUUGGUGUCACCUCGUUAGUCGGGUUACACCUGUGC